ACUUCGGCGGCCGUUAUCUGUGGUGAGGCAGAGCGCUACCAUCAUGGAGGCGCCGCUGAGCGGCCCGCCGGGGCUGUCCACGAUCGUGGCGAGAACGGACUGGUCCGAGCCCUGGCUGGUGGGGCUGGCGGUUUUCCACGUCCUCUGCUUCCUCUUAACUUGCUUCUCCUUCCAGCACUACCAGGUGCAAAUCGGGCACUUUCUCUGCAUGGUGGGUUUAGUGUACUCUGCAGAAUAUAUAAAUGAAUUAGCAGCCAUGAACUGGAGGCUGUUUUCUAAAUACCAGUACUUUGAUUCAAGAGGAAUGUUUAUUUCAUUAGUAUUUUCAGCACCACUACUGGUGAAUACUAUCAUAAUUGUGGUCAACUGGAUGUACAGAACUUUAAAUGUUAUGACUGAACUGAAGACACUACAGCAGAGAAUUAAAGCAGAAAAACAGAAGAAGAAGUGAAAGGGUCUAACACUAUUUUUCUGAUAUCGUAAUAAUACUUGUCCAUGCAAUCAGUCCUAAUGCUUGUUUAUGCAGAAGCAGCAAUUUUUUUGUCUGAUACCAAGGGGACUUUGCAACCUGUGGCUGUGGACAAUGACAAAAGCAGGUAUCUACAAUACAUCUAAAUUUCUCAGUGAAAUUGAGAAAUCUGGUCUUACCAGGUCUUUGUGCCCUUCGAUGUAAACUAGUUUUCAUCAUGACCAAGUCUGUUAAUGUUGGUGAGACACAACCUUCCUGUUUCCGUUUGCCUAUGUAUCUUUGUAACUGUCUUAACUGUGUAUUUAUCCAGUCUUUUGCUACUUGUGCCAAUGGAACUGUGUUGUGAAUUCCAGUAAAUGAGGAGUUAUGUCCAGAAUGCCUCAGGAAUCCCUGCUUCUGUGAAGCAUUUGACUUGUCUGUAAAUCAAGUUUCAUACUUCCUGUGUGUAUUGUAUGUCAGUGAAUAGUUCUGAUGAUUAGCAUUUUAUAAAUAAAACUAUCCACGGUAUCUUA